UGAUGGUAGAAACAGCAUCUGAUCCCAAAUCCCAUUUGGACAUGACAACCUCUUUUUAGGUUUUUUGUUAUAGUUUAUAACAAUGGAUCCCAUAAAAGAUUCUCUUUUUAACUAUUUUGCCAACAAACCAAAUCCUCCUCUUUCAAGUUUUCCUAUAUUCUAUCUAUGCAAGAAACCCAUGAUUCUUCCCUCAUUAUAUGCCAUUACAAACUCACUCACUGUAUGCAUUCAACAAAACACAUCCUGUUUCCUUACAGCAUUGUGAACACAAAGAUAUAUACAUACAUAUUACAUAUAUAAGUAUAUGUAUAUCAUGAAAGUGCGACGAGUUCUUCACCCGGCGUUCUUUCUCCUAGGCGUGCUCUUCGUCGCCUCAGGUAUCGAAGGAAAGCCAUCCGCGCAAGAAAUCCGAGAUACGCGAAAACUGCAAAUCCAUGCAAGUGACAUUCCAACAAUCGAUCCAACAGCUCCCGGCGCGAAUCCAGUGCCGAACCCAGCAUCGGGUGGCGGGGCUUGGUGCGUGGCCAAUCCCAGCGCCGCCCCGACUGCUUUGCAGGUCGCUCUCGACUACGCUUGCGGCUACGGUGGAGCAGAUUGCUCGGCCAUUCAGCCUGGCGGAGCUUGCUAUGACCCGAACACCGUUAAAGACCACGCUUCUUACGCUUUCAACAACUAUUACCAGAAGAAUCCGAUCCCGACUAGCUGCGAUUUCGGAGGAACGGCACAGCUCGCCUACACCGAUCCUGGCCAUGGAAACUGUCAAUAUGCAUCGCCCACCACCGCUUCGAUGACACCGGCAAUGCCACCUCCGACGAUGCCCCCUCCGAUAAUGCCCACGACCCCACCCACAAUUCCGAUGACGCCACCGAGUCCGAUUACGCCGGGGGAUACUUACCCUUCAGGAGGGAAUAAUGGCUAUGGUUCAGAACCAAUUGGCGACGACUAUGGCGCCGAACCCGCAAGUACCCCAAGCUCCGGUGGAAUAUUGCCGAUAAAUCGGAUGCUGCUCAUUGCUGUCGACUGCAUCAUAUUUUCAGCGAUAUUCGUCGGAAAUAUGUUUUAAAAGUAGCGUCAAAUUGGCUAUUGAACUAGAUCGUUAUCUCGCAGCUUCCUAGCCGUGCAAAAUUUUGAGAGAUACAAAUAAUCAGCCAUUGUCGUAUUCAUGCAGAGUACGAGGAAGCUAAGGUUUCGUCGAAAAACAGAUGAAGCAGAUGGUAGAACGAUACAUAGUUGUAGCAGUGAAUUGGAUGUUAUGUUAAUAAGCAUUUGCUAUUCAAGAACAGCUUAGAUAUUUUUUUAUUAAAUAAAAAUAUAUUAUUUUCUUUUAUAAAACAUUUGUUCAUAUAUGUAGCUAUACAGGAACUUCAGUUUAUAGUAUUCAUAAUCUGCUU